AUGUCACGAUCGUCGGCCCUCGGCUCUUUCGUCGAGUCUGCGCCUCCUGGCGAGCUUGCGGACGUCAGCAAGGCAAUCAAGUCCAUUCUCGGCGACGGCAACGUCGAGACGGAGCUUGCGCCCGCUUACGAGAAGUACAACGAGGAGCAAUUCACCACCACGAAGCUCCCCGGCGGCAGCACCGAGAUGCUCGUCAGCCCCUACAACUCCCUCGGCGAAGGACGCUACUACGAUGUCGAGACACAGAGCUCCUUCGACUUCGACCAUGCAGCACAGAAGGCCAGCGCCGUGCAGAGCUACGUAGUGGAGAGCCAGCACGAGGAUCUGGUCAAGAGUCUUGUCAAGAGCCUUGGAACCCACACCUCUGAACACUACCCCAGGUCCUCGCACGGCGUCUUUCCCAUCGAAGACGACUCGCAGCUCGCCCUCGUGACGGUCGCAAACAAGUACUCGCCCUCGAACUACUGGAACGGCCGGUGGCGCUCGUGCUACUUGUACAACCCCUCGAGCGGCAGCUUGACCGGCGCAAUCAAGGUCGAUGUCCACUACUACGAAGACGGCAACGUACGUCUGCUCACCAACAAGGACGUCAGCCUGAGUGUGAGCCCUGGCGCGAGCGCGAGUGAGGUGGUAAGGCAGAUUGCAACAGUCGAGAAGAAGUACCAGGAGGACCUGAACAAGGCUUUUGGCAGUUUGAGCGAGGGCGCGUUCAAGAGCCUUAGGAGACAGCUGCCAAUCACGAGGCAGAAGAUUGAGUGGGAGAAGAUCAGCGGGUACAGAUUGGGGCAAGAUAUCGGUGGUGGUGCGAGGCGAUGA